UCCCUCCAGCUGCGGCAGGAGACUCCAGUCUUCCCAUUUGCGGGAGAGCCGCCUCUUCCUCCCGGGCCACCUGCUCCUUUCUCCUCCCCAUCUGGGAGCCAUUCUAGCGGGAAAAAGACGCCCCCGGCCCUUGUCUAUAUAUAUAGGGAGAGGCCAAGACUCCUUUGGAGAGCACCGCUUCGCCGCAGCAGCUGCCGCCGCGAUGGUGUGCGGCGGCUUCUCCUGCUCCAAGAACUGGCUCUGCGCCCUCAACCUGCUCUACACGUUGGUCAGCUUGCUGCUGAUUGGAAUAGCAGCAUGGGGCAUUGGCUUUGGCCUCAUCUCCAGUUUCCGGGUUGUUGGAGUAGCUGUUGCCGUGGGGAUAUUUCUGUUCCUAAUAGCUCUGGUUGGAUUGAUUGGGGCCAUUAAACACCACCAGGUGUUGCUCUUCUUUUAUAUGAUAAUUCUCUUGCUGGUGUUCAUUAUACAAUUUUCAGUCUCCUGUGCUUGUCUGACAUUGAACAAGGAACAGCAGAGCAAGCUUCUAGAAGUUGGGUGGAACAACACAAACAACGCAAAACAGGAUAUUGAGAGGAAUUUAAACUGUUGUGGAUUCAGAAAUGUCAGUGAAGAGACUGAGUGUUCUGCUGAAUGUUUUCCAACACACUCCUGCCAGCCGUGUGCACCAAUAAUGAAAGAAUAUUCUGGGAUGGUUCUAAGAUUUGUUGGCGGCAUUGGACUCUUCUUUAGCUUCACAGAGAUCUUAGGGGUUUGGCUCACCUACAGAUACAGGAAUCAGAAGGAUCCUCGUGCAAAUCCUAGUGCGUUUCUUUGACCUGGAACUUUUCACAAGGGACUGAGUAGUUCUCUUCCUCUGUUUUUAAAGAUGAAUUAUCCACCGAUUGGCUGCUUUCCACGUCUGAGAGUUAAGCACUUGAGAUAAGAUGACUCUCUUAGAAUUGCCUCUUCGACUUGUCUUUGUUAUUGUAUUCCCCUUGGAUCAACUGUUUUUCUCCAUUGUGCAACUAAGCAAGAUUUUCAUACCUAGGAAUGUAGAUAGAUAGUUUUGAACUAUUGCAAUUUGACAUAAUGAUAGUCUUCUGUCAUUUAGUUGCUAUUGAUUUACAGAGAGGAAAAAGCAUCUUUAUAUUUCAUCUGUCAGAACUUUAUUCUGCUUCCGUCCUCUGGAAUGAAUAGCAUUAUUGGUUGAAAUGCCUAAAGCUGUAUAUUUCCAUUGAAAUCUUCUGUAAAGUAUUGUACUGCUGCUUCCUUAUUUGGUAUUAUGGUGAAAAAAAUAAGAACUCAUCUUAGAGGUGGAAACUUGUUUUCUGUUUUGUUUCUCUUGAGCUCUCCCUGCCAGCUACAAGUUUCUCUAAUCUUAACUAUGUGAAAGCUCUGUCUUUAUUUGUUAUGUCCAUCUGUUUCAGAAUUGCAAUGCAAGCAAAGUGAUUCUUUGCCAUGGUCCUGUUAGCAUUUUAGUGCAUGAAGAGAUUGUAUUUGAGCUUUCUGAUGUGCUGCAGGCUAGUACACAUGUGAAUAUAUUGUAGUGGUUGGGUGUAUUUCAGAGUAUUUAAAAUUCGCGGUAGAUUUCCCAUUGACUUUAGAGUGUAGAAUAUAUCUCUUUGUGAAGAAUAGUAGUCAGUGCUGAUCUUCAGGGAUAUGAAUUUUCACUGUAUGCCUAAUUAACUUUUCUUGAAUGAUGAACUGGAAGCUACAUGUUUUGUUACCUUAUCACAACAAGAAUAUCAGAAAUCUUGUUUUAUUUUCACAAUAUAUUAAAUUUGAGGAAUGUAGUAAGUUAACAAUGAUGCUACUGAUACUGGUCUAGAUUUAAUUAAUUGCGUUCAUUUAUUGAUAUGUAAAAUGUUUGAUCAUAAAUGUGAACUAGAAGAUUGUAAAUUAGAUCUUUGUGGUGCUUCACUUGUUUAUUUAAAAGAAUAAAAAUUUUGAUGAAUGA